UUUUUAUUGGUGAAACGUUAUUAAUUAUUAUGAAAACGUUUUUCGUAGUUUUCCUGUAUUUACUAUUUAUAGGGUCUAGAUUCAAAAAAUGCACAAAGCUUUUUCAAUUCUCGUUUUUCCAGGAGAAGGAGGAAACCCUAUAUAAGGCUUGUAGCGCUACUUGUUGCUUCUUCCAGUUAGCUAUUUGGCUUCAGUGAUUCACCCUGGUUCGUUGUGUCCCUAAUUUUUUGUCUGUGUUAUAACUAUCGUUAGCUACUUGUAGUAUACCCAGCGGCUUCAAAUUUUUAUUUGCAGCUGAGGAAAAUGGACAGUAAGGAAUUUCGAAUUAAAGGAAAGGAACUAAUCGACUACAUAGCCGAUUACCUGGAAAACAUUCGAGACCGCAGAGUAUUUCCAGACAAAAAGCCAGGCUUCAUUAGGAACCUUAUUCCUGACGCAGCACCAGUUAAAGGCGAAUCCUGGGAGAAUAUUUUCAAGGAUGUGGAAAAAGUGAUUAUGCCAGGAGUCACUCAUUGGCAAAGUCCACACAUGCAUGCCUAUUUCCCUGCGCUAAAUAGUUACCCUUCGAUGUUGGGAGAAAUGUUGAGUAACGCCAUAAAUUGUAUAGGGUUUACUUGGGCUUCCAGUCCUGUUUGCACAGAAUUAGAAAUGGUUGUGGUCAAUUGGUUAGGAAAAAUGAUUGGUCUCCCUGAAGAUUUUCUUCAUCGCAAAGGGGGAGACGGAGGAGGCGUUAUACAGACUACAGCGAGUGAAUGUACCCUAAUAAGUCUUCUAGCCGGGCGAUUUGUAGCUAUUAAAAUGUACGAAAAUCUCUAUCCAAAUGCAUCUAAACACGAAAUUAAUGGAAAAUUGGUGGCCUAUUGUUCAGAUCAAGCGCAUUCCAGCGUGGAAAAGGCCGCUUUGAUUGGUCUGGUUACUCUCAGAUAUAUUGAAUGCGAUGACAAUUAUUCUAUGAGAGGGGAGAAACUUUUAAAAGCAAUAAAACAGGAUCGGGAAUUGGGUCUCAUUCCUUUUUGGGCAUGCGCUACUUUGGGUACAACUGGCUCCUGUGCUUUUGACAAUUUAGAAGAAAUUUCUCAAAUAUGCUACAACGAACUCCUGUGGUGUCACGUAGAUGCUGCCUAUGCUGGAUCCGCUUUCAUAUGUCCUGAAUAUCGAAAAUGGCUUAAAGGUAUAGACAAGGCUAAUUCUAUUGCGUUCAAUCCUUCCAAAUGGUUGAUGGUACAUUUUGAUUGUACAGCAAUGUGGGUCAAAAACAGCAGUGCUCUUCAUGGAGCUUUCAACGUAAAUCCGCUAUACUUAACUCACGAAUACUCAGGACUUGCAAUUGACUAUAUGCAUUGGCAAAUACCUUUAAGUAAGCGCUUUCGGUCUCUAAAAUUGUGGUUUGUCAUUCGUAACUAUGGAAUAACUGGACUUCAAGAACAUAUAAGAAAAGGAGUUCAAUUAGCAGAAAAAUUUGAGGCAUUCGUGAGAAAUGAUCCACGAUUUGAAAUUCCUGCCAAGCGAUACCUCGGAUUGGUGGUUUUUCGAUUGAUUGGAGAUAAUUUCAUCACAGAAACUUUGUGCAAAAGGCUCAACUCCAGGGGAAAUAUUCAUUGCGUACCUGCAAAUCUUAAAGGAAAAUACGUUAUAAGAUUUACUGUAACGUCUCCAAGAACUACUUUGGAAGAUAUAAUCAAAGAUUGGAAGGAAAUUGUUACAGUUGCCAAUGAUAUAUUGCAGGAGAGAGAGAAGUUUGCAAGAAGAGCCAAAGUACCCCUAGGAGAAACCAGAGACAGAAAUGAGAAUUUUGGAUCCAGCUUGUUGUUAUCGAACGUUCCAAUGUCACCUAAGAUAGUAAACGGAUCGUUUGCUGCUAUUUACGACCAAAGCGAUGUAUUAGAACAAUUCACGAAAACAAUAAAGCUAAGGAAGGACGCUCAAGACAGUCCAGCCAUGCGACGUCGAAUAAAAGGAAUACUUAUGUCUGGCAAGCAGUUUUCUUUGGACUCGAGGUUAGAUCUUUUUCAUGGCAUCGAAACUUCUCCGACUCAAAAGACAGAGAGCAAUAAUUUGCCUGUUGUGGAAGAUUUUGCCGAGAAUGAGGAUAAGAGCAGCACUCCUUCUGAAUGCGACAAUACUAGCGGAUCCCAUUCGCCAAUUAGAGACAAUAAUUUAGAUGUUCCUCAUUCUCGCCAUGUUCGAUCCAAAUCAGUGGACCAUCAAACGAAUUUGAUAAUCAAUCACGUGGAUGUGAAAAACGACAAAACCUGUCACAGAUGCGGGCACAAAGUUGGGAAGAUUGAAAAAUCCAAAAUUGUAUAAUCUGAAUAAAUAUGUAUUAGAUAAAUUAUAUGUAUAAGUCAGUGGGUAGGUAUAGGAAAACUGAUACCCAAAAGCAUUUUGAAUUUAAAAUUUGCAGUUUUUUUUUAUUUGAAUUUUUUGAUAGUGAAUAAUGCUUUACUUAGUAGUAGGUGUAAUUAAAAAUUAAAACAUAGGUGAAUUUACUAAUAAAGUCUGUCACAUAAAAGUUGAAGUACUGAAAGUAUGCGACCGCCCGCACUCUAGGGAAUAAAUACAACUCCUCCGCUAAAUGUACCUAUAUGUCUAGUCAACAGGCAACUUAGUAUUUCUCGAUCGUUUUUUAAACUUUGGUUUUAAGUUUGCUAAGCAUUUGCUUCCUCUCCUCCUUCAGGCGUCGCCCUUCUUCUUCCGUGUGGCGGACUUUUGUAGUACCUAAAUAUUAUGAUAAUGCAUUUAAUGAGUUUAUGAGUUUGAUAGAUAGGUAGGUACUUAUUUUCAAAUAUUAGAUUUGGAUUUGCAAAAACAUAUUGUUAUAAUACUGAUAUAAGAAGUAACCUUGUAGCAUUAGCUCUCCUAGAAGAAUAUAAUGAAAAAAUUUGAGAUAAUUAAGUGUGUGUAGGAAUAUUUAUUAUUAAAAGUAGAUAUUGGAAUAUAAUUUCUGUAGUAUAUGCAUAAAAUUAAUGUUAUUAAAAGCAUGAUUAAGAUUUUCUUUGUUUAUUUUUAUUUAAGUUAUACUACUUACUUAACAUUCAGGAUGGAAAUUAUACAAGAAAAUUGCCAUUGAAUAACUUCUGGUAAUUUCUUUCAUAAUCACAAGGAAUACUUUGUUGUGUUUUCAACCUCCCAGCUACCCUUCUUGUAUCUAAACAUUUUCAAUGAAAGUCAAACUUGAAUUUAUUUCUUUUUUAUUUCACAACAAAAAUACAGUUUAUCACUUAAUACAAAAAUUAAUCAUUUACAAGGAAAAACAAGUUAAAGAUGCAGAAUUAUACAAUUUAUUACUUACACAUUUUAUUUGGUAACAGAUAUAUAAUAAUAUGAGCUAUGCAGAUGUUUUAUAUUAUGAAUAGCUUGGUUGUACAUUUAUAGCUUCUAAAGUAUAUUCUAUAGGGCAUAAAGUUAACUGCAUAAAAGUUAUUAUAACGUUUUCUUUAUAGCAAGUAGUACAACAAGCAAUCGAUGUUAAACUUUUGAGUGGUAAAUGUAAAAUAUUAUUUACUAUUUAGCGAAGUGUGAGAAGGUGGUAAGUACCUACAAAAAUACAAAGAAUUUUAAGUUGACAAGAAAUGUAGAAUAAAAAAUUAAAAAGGAAAGUGGCAUAUCGUUUGUACUUUUGAAAAUAUGUGGGUAUAGUUGAAUAGGAAAAAGUAAAAAUAGUCUGCUUAUAAUGUAACCACUAAAAUAAAUAAAAAGCUUUUCAAAGGUAAUAUAGAUAUAUACACAUGAAGAGAUUCACAAUCUCCAUCUAUAUUUUGAAGAAAAAAAAUUAGAAAACUUUAAUACUGUGAGUUAAUCAUUAGGCAGGCAUAUAAUAUGAUAUACUCUAAAAUAGAAAACGACUAAUUAUAUUGAAUAAAAAAUAGAAUACUUUUAUUUAACCUUAAUGUAUUAUAAGAAGUCUUUUGAAGUGAUAUAUAGUUUUAGCAAUGAAGCUAUUCGUAGAUUUAAAAGAGUAACAUUUAGCUUGAUAAAAUUGAAGCAAGGAAAAUUCGUACUUUCUAACUAGAAUAUUUUUUAACAAAAUGGUUGUUGAUUUUGCUACAAAUUGGAAUGCUGAGGGUGAAGGCACUUAUAAUAAAAAAGUUGACGUAAUAAAGUAGGUAAAAGGAUUGCAAGGAACUUAUGCCUUCACCAGCAAUAAUUAACGCACCAACAAAACUCUUGUUUUGACUUUUCUCGAUAAAAGUUUCAGAAGAAAAUCGUCAAGGCAUGGAAAUAGGAUUUCUGUGGUGAAACAUUAUUCAAAUUGCUGCAAAGCAAAGUUUUUUGUAUGUCAAAAAAGUCUCUGAAAGCUUUCUCAUGAACUGAAAUAUUGGUCAACCUAAUCAGCUUUCAAACAAAUUCAAAACUCUUAAGUCGGAUAUGGGUUUUGGUAAUAAUAACUAUUUAAAGGUAAGUAUUUAUUAAAUUUAUUUUUUCAAAAAUCGAAUAGAACUGUGACAAUGCUUCUUCUCUGAAAGCUGAAAUAUUGAUGGGUUUCUUGAUAUUUUAAUUCGUUUAUAUGGUUUACAUGUUUAUAAAGUCUUUAGUGUUGUGUUUCCGUUUUAAAAGCAAGAUAUCGUGUCUUCAAAAAAAAAACCAAUCGAAGAUUGCUUUGAUUACGAAAACGUAUGUCGCAUUACUGUUUCUUUGUUGGUCAGGAUUUUUGACAUGAUAUUUUGACAUUAAAGUUCAUUGACAAAAUUAAAGACAAAUAUUGCUAAGACAUACGUUUGAAAAUCCAUAGCAAUCUGACUUUUUAUUUUUUUUUGAAGACCCGAUAUUAUCGAUAAUUUCGUGGUUCUAAGACACCCCGUAUGCCGAGCAUUGCAUCAACCUGACCGAUGAUGUACAACCUAUUUCAGUGCCUCCGUACAGAAUGUCACAUACUCAGAAAAAGCAGUUACACACUGAAUUAGAUAAGCUUCUUAAGGAAAAUAUUAUAGAAGAGACUGAGAGUCCAUGGGCAUUUCCCGUUGUCUUAGUAUCUAAAAAGGAUGGGCAAGUGAGGCUAUGUGUCAACUAUCAAAAACCCAACGCCCUCUUCUCUACUACGAAUGCAUGAUCUAUUACAUGCUGCAAAACAUACCGAUUUCAUGACUACCAUAGACUAACGAUCUGGUUAUCACCAGAUUAGUGUCCGCGAGUGUGUCCGCGAUAAGACUGCUUUCACCACUCCAUUAGGAACGUUCCGCUAUUAACGUAUGCCAUUCGGAAUGAAAAACGCUCCAGCGACUUUCCAACAUUUAAUGCCGUAGGCUCACAUACGUUUAGAUUUUGGCUUAUCUGGAUGAUAUAAUCUUCUUGUCCUCUGACUUUGAGACGCACCUUAGUGAUCUUCAGACAGAUCAAGUUGUGCGUAAAUCAGGCUAAAUGGGUGUUUGUUCGUCCGAGUGUUCGAUAUCUGGGACAUUUAAUAACACCCAAUGGUAUAUCAGGUAGUAUUGAGAAAACUGCUGCUAUUGCCAAUCUGCCUGCCCCUCGGAAAUUGGCAGAGGUACAAUCAUUUCUCCAAGCCAUGGUACCGGAGGUUCAUUAAGAACUUUUCCGAAAUCGCACGCCCUUUAAGUCGGUUAACCAAAGAGAAUAUGAUUUUUCACUGGGGUGACCAACAACGCCAAGCAUUUGACACCUUAAAGCAACACCUACUUAGCACACCAAUAUUGUAACAGACGGACGAAACUAUUGUCUGGCUAGCGAAACGGCGAACUCCAAUAGAAUUUGCUGCUUUGCCAAACUUGACGGAAACAAUAAUAAACAAGUUAGUGACAUCUUUUUUUUUUGCUAUAUGGGCAUAGGUAGUAUUUUGAAAUAGAAGAAAAUCCGGCAACAUUGCGAAAUAAUGGAUGCAGAGAGGCGUGAUUAUUCAGAGGCAUGAUUUUAUUGGUUAGAGUCUGAACGACAGCAUGCAGUGGCGUGGUUAUUGGCGAAACUAGAAAAUUUUUUUCUAAUGAUUUUAUUAGUUUAUUUCCCUGGUGUUUUCGGUGCCACUGAACCCAAAGACAUGGCUGUCAUCAGGCGGUGUCAGUUGAGGUGUCAUUAUAGUUAUUUAUGUAUCAAGGGAAUUAUGCAGGUGUUAAUACCCCAGGGCAACGUUUGUGUCCCGAGGGCCUCCGGCCCGAGGGACACCAAUUGCCCGUGGGUAUUAACUCCUGAUAAUUCCCGUGGUACAUAGAUAAUUUUAUAUCCUACUGAAUUUACUGUAUUCUGUUUAUUUUUAUAAAGGAAUAAGCCAUAAAUCAAAAUUUCUAUUUUUUGUCAAAGUGUUACCUAUUCAAGGUAAAAGCGGGAGUUAUGGAAAUCCUUAACUCCCUUGGGAGUUAUGAUAUCCUUAACUCCCUUUCUUAACUCCCUUGGGAGUUAUGAAAAUCCUUAACUCCCUUGGGAGUUAAGACCCUGUUUAUGAUUAUCGUAACCAAGGUAUUAUAUGGUUUUAAUAGUUCAGUAGGAUAUAAAAUAUUUUUAGGCUACACCCCUUUUUUCUUCCCCCUUUCGUCUCUACCAAGUUACCACUUGCCAGACUAUAAGUCAUUUAUGAUUAGAACGGAUGCCAGUUCUUAUGCAAAUGCGGCCAUAUUACUUCAAGGAGAAAGACCAAAAGGACAUGUUGUGGAAUAUGCGUCGAGGUUUUUAUACUACCAGCUGAGCGAAAUUAUAUAUACUACAACUGAACGAGAAGCUUUAGCCGCUGUAUGGGCUUUAGACAAAUUUAGAAGAUAUGUGGAAGGGUCUAAGGUAACCCUUUCCACUGACCACCAACCAUUAAAAUGGCUUCUAACACUCAAGACUCAAGCGACAGGACGUCUUGCUCGAUGGGCCUUGAAACUACAGAGUAAUGAUCUAAAGGAUGAAUACAUGUUAGGAGAGAAGAAUGUAGUAGUGGAUCUUCUAUCCCGGCCACCUUGUAACCAUGAAGAUAUAACAUCCUGUGAUAUCUGUGAAAUUACAGUAGAUGUGCCAGCUCGAACUGUAUAUGAGUUACGUACGGAACAGAUGAAGGAUCCCGGACUUGUUAGAAUUAUAAACUGUUUUGAGAACAAUGAAGAUAACACCAUUGCUCAGUGGACAGGUCGCGGUUUCAUCUUAAUGAAUGGUGUGUUAUAUAGAUAUUCCGGGGAGGAAGGAGAUGAAGAAGCGCAGUUAGUUGUCCCAACACAUGAACGAGAGAGGAUCAUGUACGAAUAUCAUGAUAGUCCCACUGCAGCCCAUUAUAGAAUUGAGCGAACAUAUCAACGAGUUGCAAGAAAGAACUAUUUUACUGGCCGUAGGCGAUAUAUAGCUGACUAUGAUAAAAACUCUCCUCGCUGUCAAAGGUACAAGGCAACGAAUCAGAAAUCAGCUGGGUUGUUGCAAAUUCCAGCAUACGCUCAAAGGUUUGAGAUUGUAGCUGUUGACCUUUUUGGACCUUUGCCUGAAUCUAAUGAUGGAUAUAGAUGGAUGCCGCAACACAAUGGAUCGAGCUGUUUGCACUUAAGACCGCUACCUCAGAAGAUUGUGCACGAAAACUGGUAGAAGAAGUUCGAUAUGGAAUACCACGCCGAAUGACAAGUGAUAAUGGUGUUCAAUUUGUUUCAACUGUUAUGCAACCAGUUUGACAUAUUAUGGGAAUUCAGCAGUCACUGGCGCCAUUUCAUCGUCCGGAAUGUAACAUGGUAGAACGGAAAAAUCGGAAUCUGAAGUCACGAUUGCCAAUGCUUGUCAAAGAUAAGCACAACACGUGGCCUUCGUAUCUUUCAACAAUUAGAUUUGCAAUGAACUCUGUCAAGAAUGAAAAUCUUGGAUAUACGUCGGCGUACUUGACAUUUGGAAGGGAACUGUACAUAUAAAAAAAAAUAGUUCCCUCGAUGAAGUACAAAAUGAUAUGCAAAAAAUCACUUCAGAUAAUUUUUUUAACCCAGAUUACGCCUUAUCUAGAGCUUAUGAUUACUGUUUGGCAGGACGCCAGAAGUACUAAUGAAAAUUCACGAGACCGACACAAAGUUUAUGCAGAUGUAACAUGCAGAGUAGUUACUGAGCUUAACGUUGGAGACAGAGUACUCGUUAAUCUUCAUACGCAUAGCAGUACAGCCAAGAACUUGACUAAGAAGUUUGAUCUCAAACGAGACGGGCUCUACAAAAUAUUGAGAAAGGUAUCGCCCACAAGUUACGACUUAGCUGAGACCAAAACCAGUAUACCACUAGGAAAGUACCACGUAAGUGAUUUACAGCCUUAUCGAGGACCGGAGACGAUACCUGCGAUUGGGAUCCGCAAAAGAGGAAGACCCGCCAAAGUUAAUCGAUCAAAAGUCAAUAAAACGCACGAGGAUCAUAAUCGGGACGAGGACGAUUUCCGAGGUAACGAAAUUCCCCGAAUGUAACGAAAUUCCAAAUCACCCCUUAGAACCAAGUGACACUCAAACGGAACGCCCCAGACGAGACACAUGUCAACACCAAAAACUCGCCGAUUAUAGUGUGUGAUUGUUGUUUUGGUGCUGUGCUUUUGUCUAGUCAAUUGUUUCACCAAGAAAUAUUAUUGAUUACCUACGGGAAGAAAGUGUUCACAAUUUAUAUUUUCCAUCAUUUCUCACCUAAUUUUUUAUAUUUCAAUUUGUUUGCAUUGUUUAAAUGUAUAUAAAGUCUUUAGUGUUCGUGGUUCUGAAAUACCCAGAUAAACCCCAACGGUACACACUUCAUCUCUCCUGCAGAGAUCUCUAUGCAGAGACGCAUUUUUUGCCUAUGCAAGGUAGAUUUUCCGUACUUCAAACAUAAAUACUGCAUUAAACAAUUAGAAACUUUAAUUAUCAACCAUUUUGCUAGAAACAAACUUUCCUAAUUUGCCAAGAAAAUUCACAUCUGUUUUAUUUGAAACGUUAUUCACACAUUUCAAGUGUAAGACGAUAGUUUAAUUAUGAUCGAUUUCCCAAGGAAUUUUCUGGCAUUAAUUUAUUACAAUGAAUAUUGGUGUUAUAAAGUGGUGUUUUAUGAAUAAUUCUAAUAUACAUAUUUAAUGCUUAUUCAAUAUUUGUAUAUGAAGCCCAUUGCGUAUAAGGUUAAUAUAUUUUCUGAUAAAUCAGGUAAGUAGGUAUUGAUAUAUUUUUGAGGUACUUUUUGUUUUAGGAUAUGUAUUAUGUAAAUUUUUAAAAAAGUAAAUCUUUUUCAUCUAAAUAGAAGUAUGGCCUUGAUGGUGUAUCUGAUAUAAUAGGAAUAAUAGGUUGGUUUAAUAUGCGGCUUCAUAUACAAUAAAGCUUUGAGUAGGUACACGUACAGAAACUUAUUUUAUAAAACUGUUUAGUUUCCAAAAUUUGUGCUAGUUUAACGUCGAUAAAUUGGCAACUUCAAAAUCUUAAACACUAAAGCGCUUCGUCCAAAAAUAAACGUAGCCGUUUAUGCUGCAGGUUCCUCUUCUUGAUUGUGCUUUGCGAUGGCCAACAGAAUCAUUGUCAGUUCUUUUUUGUUGAUCUUGCCGUCCUGAUUGUAAUCCACGCCUCUUAAGAUCGUUUCCUCGAAGUCUC